AAGCAAAUAAAAACACACACACAAAAUCAGAACAAUCAACGAUAAAAUCCAAUUACUUUAGUGGUUUCCCCCUUUCUUUCACUGUUUUUGUGUACUUUUGCUUCUCUCGCCUUUGCUAUUUAAAGUAAACAAAUGAGCGAUCAACUCAGAACACUUAGACAGCCAUUUACCGCUGAAGAGCAGAGACAAUACGACUCCCUUUUCCGUGAGCUGGAUAAGGACGGCACAGGGGUGGUUGUCGGUGAAGAUGCCCGGGCAACUUUUGAGAAGAGUGGGUUAGCGCCAAUGAUUUUGGGAGAGAUUUGGCAAUUAGCGGACCCUACCAACCUGGGUUACUUGACACAGUUUGGGUUCAACGUUGCGCUUAGACUUAUUGGCCACGUCCAGAGCGGUGCCAAACCUGAUCGGGCGCUUAUCGAUAUUGCCGGUCCACUGGCCAAGUUUCAACCACCGCAGCAGCAGCAGGCACAAUUUCCUCAACAGACACCACAGCAGGGCGUGAACGGGUUGCCGCCAUUGACCAAUCACGAUAUCUCCAAGUUUGUUCAACUGUUUGCAAGAAAUGCCCCAUCCGGGGUGAUUUCUGGUGAUCAGGCAAGAGGGAUCUUCUUGAAGGCCAAAUUGCCAACGAAUGUUCUUGGUCAGAUCUGGGCUUUGGCGGAUCGUACCAAUAGAGGUCAGUUGACGAGAGAUGAAUUUGUCAUUGCGAUGUAUUUGAUCCAAGGUUCUAUUCAAGGUGCUAUCAAGCAAUUGCCGCAGUCGAUCCCACAAUCAACAUGGGAUCAGGUCAAAUUCUUCCAAUCGCCAGCUAUAAGCGGUACCGGCUCCCCAUCUUUACCACAGAGUCAAACUUUCAGCCCUCAAACUACAGGUUCUCAAAGACCAUCCGUUUCGAGGGUCCCAUCCUCUUUUGCAAAUGCCUCUAGUGAUUGGACAAUUACUCCUCAGAAAAAGGCACAGUUUGAUAACAUCUUUGAAGGAUUGGACAAGAACUCUCAAGGUGUUUUGGGUCCCAAUGAUGUGGCUCCGUUUUUGAUGACCUCAAAGCUCCCACAGGAUGUCUUAGCGACGGUUUGGGAUUUGGCGGAUAUUCAUAACACUGGUCAGUUUACAAAGGAUGAAUUUGCCAUUGCAAUGUUUUUGGUUCAAAAGAAGAUUGCAGGCUGUGAACUUCCAGAGAUUAUCCCGGACUCUCUGCUACCAUCAACACACCCUGCUGUUCAACAACAACAACAACAGCAACAACAGCAAGCAGAUAAGCCAAUCCCACGCAUCCCAUCAAGAGAUACAAAACCAUCCGCUUUGAGUGAUUUAGUUGAUUUGAACGACGCAUUCUCCUCACCAAGCCCAGCUGGUACAAUGGAUUCUAGAAAUGUCUCCAACUCCACCGUUAACUAUACUCCUAUCGGUACAAACUCCCAAAGACAAUUCGUUCCAUCUUCAUCUUUUGGGCAAAAUCUUCAAGCACAAAACAAAGAGGCGUCGCCAGUUACAAGUUCAACUUCUAAUGCUCCUGUUGUAGCGCCUAUCGUUGCGCCAGUUAUCACGUCUCCUGUUGGAUCUCAAGUACCAGCUUCUUCGACAACUCAACAGGCGUUUGGUAACGUUCAACAGAAGUCAGCAUCUACUUUUGAACAGCCAACCCAAGCUGCUGCAUCAGCUAGUUCAGGGUUUGUAUCUGCAGCAGGCUCAGGAAUUUCAGGGACCGCUAUGUUGGCUGGUGCUGGUAUCGCAGGAGCUGCAGGGCUUGCAGGUGCAGCGCUCUCUUCAGGUGCUGGUUUGUUCAAGAGCAACAAUAAGAAUGUGAACAAUGACUUGCUUGCAGAUUCGAACCCAGAGAUUUCUGGUCAGUUGUCAAAGGCCACAACCGAUAUGGCAAACUUGUCAAACCAAAUCGGUUCCCUUACUACUCAAACUACUCAGAUUCACGAAAAGCGUACAAAGGCUCAAAAUGAACUGGCUAGAAUUACAGCAUUGAAGACUGAUAUUGAGUCGAAAUUGGCAAGGCUUAGAAGUGCUUAUGAACAAGAAGUUGCGCAAACUGGUCAAGUUGAAACUGCAUUGACUGCGGCAAAACAAGAAAAUGAAAAGUUGAGACAAGAAACAUCUGUUGCUGAGGCUCAGUUCAAUCAGGUUCAUACUCAACUCCAAACGUUACAAGCUGAACUCGAAGAGUCACAUCAGAGUAACGAGUCUUUGAAAGAACGUCUAGCCUCUUUACAUGCUGAACAAGCAGAGGCAACACAACAAUUGGAAAAGACACAAGUGGAGUUGAAACAGUCAAAGAGUUUAGCUUCGAUCAACUCGGAACAGGUUAAUGUGGCUCAGAUUACAUCUAAUGGAAUCAAGGCUGAGAUUGCAGCAUUGUUGGCUGCUGCUGCGGAGCUUGAAACUCAACAUAAGUCAUAUUCUGAUAAGCAGCUUGAGUUGGAUUCCCUUAAGAAGGAACUCGAUGAUAAGCAACAAUCAUUUGUUGAAUAUCAACAGCAAUUCGAUUCCGAAUACCAAGCAAAGGAUCAAGAGUUACAACUCAGAAAGCAACAACAAGAGCAGAAUGAAGCUGCAAUUCAACAAGAGGAGGAACGAGUUCAGAAAUUGUUUGUUGAUCUGCAACAAAGACAAGCACAAUUCCAAGCUGCAGAAGAGCAAUUGCAAGAACAACAAUUUGAAUAUGCUCAAAGAGUUCAACAGUUUACGGAAAAGCAAAUCAAUGAUGCAACAACCGGCUUUGCAAGUGUUGCUGAAGACGUUGUUUCUCCAGAGGGUACUUCAAAGCAACCAUCCGGUAAUACUGCUGCUAUCAUCGGCGGUGCCGCUACUGGUGCUGUCACAGCGGUUGCCUUGGGUGCUGCUGCCGGUUCAAUUGGUGGUGAUACACAAAAUGAUGAGGCUAACACCCAGUUCAGCUCACCUGUUGGUGCAACCACUGAUCAAACAAGAUCUGUUACUUCUGACCAAGACGUUCCUUACCCAUCUCACUUGGAAAUUGAGAAACAGGAGUCUAUUACCUCAUCGGUUCAAAACAAUGCUCCACAGUCUGUGCGUGGUGAUGAUAUUGAAGAGACUGCAGUUACUGAACCAAUCAAGGAAGAACCUGCUUUAGCUGAGAAUGUCUUGAGUAAAGACUAUAACUCUGAACAAUCCGGUAAUGUGGGUACUGCUGCAGAUGAUCCAAGCUCUGGUGCUGGGUCUUUUGAGAUCGUCGAGGCUCAAAAACCUGCCAACGUUGAUGAGGAGCCAGUUCUUAAGGGAGCUUAUCCUUUGCCUGGCUCUCUUGAAGGUACAUCAGAGGUUGAAACUAUUACCCAGAAUCCAGUUGAUGUUACUGAGCCUGCUAAAACUGUUGCCUCAACUGAAAAUACUGACUUUGAUGACUUAGUCCCAGCGGCUGAGGAGGAAGAGAAUGAGGAAGCUCCUCAAGCUGCCGCAACAGAAGUGGCACCGAAAUCCACAGAAGAAGAAUUCCCACCAAUAAAGGAACUUGAAAUUGAUGAAAGUGACUCUGAAGAUGAGUUCCAUGAGACCUCUGAAUCAUUGCCACAGUCAACCCCAACAAAUGUUGUUCCUGUUGCAACUUCUGUAACUGCUGCUCCAGCUGCGCCUAUUGCUGUGCCACCAGCUGCGAACGAUGACUUUGAUUUCGACGAUCUUGAGGAAGCUAAGGAGGGUGAUGAUGAAGAUUUGGACGAUCAACACUUUGACGAACUUGAAGAUUCCAAUUUUUACAGAUCGGAUGUUGCUCAAGGACAAGUCUCUGAUCAACAGGGUGCUGUACCUGCCCAACAGGGAUCACAGGAUAAUGACGAAUGGGAGCAGAUCUUUGCUGGUUUCGGCAAUCAACCACAGCUGAGCGCACCUACUGUUGCUUCUCCUGUGCCUCAGGCAUCCCAUAUUUCCACAAACAAGACCACACAGGUCCAUGUACCACCAAGAAUUGCAACCACGCCUCGUUCGCUUGCCAUCCAGGAGCUCACAGGUAUGGGAUUCUCUAAGGAUGAAGCACUUGCUGCGCUUGAAAGGGAAAAGUGGAACUUGGAGGCAGCAACAAACUACCUUUUAGACAAUGCUUAG